CCAAUUAUGCAUCACUAUUCAUGAAUUUGUCUAUCUUCAAAUUUAACUGAAUCUUCUCUUCCAAAUUUUGAUAUUCAUCUUAUAUAUUAGAGUAUUUGAUACUAUCUAACAACUUUUUGUAACAAAGAUUUGCAUUUAUAAAGAGAGAAUAAUGAAGAAGGAAGUAUUGUUUCAUGUUAUUCAUAAGGUUCCUUCAGGUGAUGGACCUUAUGUUAGGGCCAAAUAUGCUCAGAUAGUUGAGAAGGAGCCAGAGGCGGCGAUAGUAUGGUUUUGGAAGGCGAUAAAUGGAGGAGAUAGAGUUGAUAGUGCCCUUAAAGAUAUGGCUAUAGUUAUGAAACAACUUGAUAGAAGUGAAGAGGCUAUUGAAGCUAUUCAUUCUUUUAGAUGUCUCUGCUCCAAACAGGCUCAACAAUCCCUGGAUAAUGUCCUUCUUGAUCUCUUCAAGAAAUGUGGAAAAGUAGAUGAACAAAUAGCACUAUUGAAACAAAAGUUGAGACAAAUAUACCAAGGGCAGGUCUUCAAUGGUAAACCUUCGAAAACUGCUCGUUCACAUGGCAAGAAGUUUCAAGUUUCUGUUAGGCAAGAAACAGCAAGAAUUCUGGGAAAUUUGGGCUGGGCCUAUACGCAAAAGGGGAACUUUAUGGCAGCAGAAGUUGUGUAUAAGAAAGCCCAAAUAAUUGAUGCAGACAGCAACAAGGCAUGUAAUUUGACCCAUUGUUUAAUAAAGCAAGCUCGAUAUGAUGAGGCUCGUAAUAUUCUUGAAAAAGUUUGGAGAGGUAAUUAUGCGGGUUCCGAAGAUCCAAAAACAAGGAAACGUGUGGAGGAAUUGCUAGUGGAAUUGGACUCUAGACAACCACCACCAUUUUUGCAAAAUCUUCCAGGCCUAAAUUUGGAUGAUGACUUUAUGAAUGGGCUUGAACAUCUUAUAAAUGAAUGGGCUCCUCCAAAAUCAAGAAGACUACCAAUAUUUGAGGAAAUAUCUACUUUCAAAGAUCAAUUGGCUUGUUGAUUGUUGUUCAAUAGUUAGUGAUAUGUGGGUAUUGGAUAGAUAAAUGUGAAAUAAGUGAGUUAUUUUCAAAUUAGGUGAACAUAAAUAAAUAAAUAAUAGUCUGUGAACCAUGUAAACUAUGAUGUAGAUGAGAUCUUGUGGCAAAGUUUGGAAAUAAACUCUACUCUAUUGUUUUUGUUGUUGCUA